AUGACAAAGAUCACAUCUGACCUACUGACGGUUAACCAUCAUUUGUACCAUACACGAUGGAAAAGCACUUUCCACAACCAUAUCGUUCAUCACCUCCUCGCUCUUUGGGCGCUGGGAGCAUCCCCGGCCGAGAUACAGGAUAUGUGGGAUUACAAUACGCCGUACCAAUCCUCCAUCGAACGAGACCUGGUUCCAGGCAUAAAAGGGUUGGACCUUAAUGAUCCGGUGACCUUUGACAAAUGUCUCGGAAAUGAUGAUUGUUAUGCUGUUUUUCUGGGAUUUUUUGAAAACGAAGUCGCGGAGAAGGGAUGGCAAAACAUUGUCAAGGAAUAUGUUCUCAAAGGUGAUGAGAGGGCAGAUGAUAUUCUCUGUCGAUUGUUCUCGGAUCUCGUUCAUCCGAUGAUCCAUCUGGGCUCUGUGAUUGAGUUCCAGCAACCAAGUCUCAUCGCGGAAGCCCUGGCCGGUGCUUGUGUGCAUGAUAACUGGCCUAAGAGGUUUCUCCUCCCGACAGAAAAAUACGUUCGAUCACAGGGAAUCGUGUCAUCCAUGUCCCUGUUGCAUGUCUUGAACAGCCUCCGUGGUGAUCCCGAGAUUGCCUCUGGCGUGAAAGCGACUGAUCCUUUUAACAAAAUCCCCGAUGGUUUCCUGCAGCGGAUCACUGACGAGCAACUUGCGCCUUAUCUAGGCUUGUUUCAGGUCAAGCCGACGGCUGAAGACCUACAAGCCAAAAUGGCAGACAUGAUGCAAACUGUUGUGUAUAUGCGUGAAUCCAUCGAUUUUGUGCUUCUGCACUGUGCCACGCUGUGUGUUUUCUAUCCAGCCAUAUUGGCUCAGGACUGGAUAUCUGAUCUGGAAAAGAGUAGGCUGCUGAAAGCUACUGCCCGUGUUGGCGCGGUCAUGUAUGCCGGUUGCGGGAGUCCCAAGCUGGAUGCUAACCGUAUUCGAGAAGAUGAAGGGCAUGCUGCCAAAUUGGUCCGGGCAUUUUACAGCUUGGAGCAGCUGCCUGAGCCACCGGUUGAUUUCCCAAUCCGGAAGAGGGACAUUUUGACAAUUGCUCAUAUGACCAUGGAUUCGAUUGAGGGGGCGCUCGAGGCGGAUGGGCCAAAGGUAGCUGAGCAGAUAGCUGAGGCAGUGUUGCAGAGAAUUGGGCGGGGAGGGAAAAUGGUGGUGGAUAAUAUGAAGCGAUGGGUGUUUUAUGGGGGUUUGGAGGGAGCUUGGGAUAAUCGGCCUGAUUUAAAGACUUCUUGA